AUGUUACCUUCCCAACCAGGUUAUGAUGUAUUUGGCAAGGAGAUAUUACGUGCAUAUGAAAUCAAGGACAUUGUCAUCAAAUCUCUCGUUAGAAACGGCAUAUUGGGCGAUGACUACACUCUGGGACCAACUGAACAGAGAGAUGGCCGACACCUCGAUAUGCUUUACCUGCCUCUAGAUAAAUUUAUAGAGAGCCUCGCUCCAGUAAUUGUAGAGGUCCAAAAAAAUCGACAAGGAUUUUAUUGGUCGAGUGAUCCGCUACUCUUUGAAUGUAUUCGAUGCCACAGGUUCAUACCCCAUCUCGUUGUCAUAUCCAACGCGGGUUUUUCCAGUAAGCGAUAUCGCAAUACGACAUUCAACAAAGAGGAAAAUGAGCCUUUCUACACCCACCCUUGCCAAUCAUGGGCAAAGAGUACCAAAUUUUAUACCCCGGAGUCUAUUGCCAUUCACAUGGACAAAGAACCUUUAGAUAAAAUGAUUGCUCUGUGCCAUGUUUUUUAUGCAGGAAAAGAAUAUUAUGCUUCUCAAAAAGUCGCCCUUGACAUUUACUCCAUUGACACAGACAAAAUAGCAAAGCUGUUCGCAGAUACACAGUCAUUUUGCGAUACCGUUGAGUGUCAAUUUCAAAAGAUUUUGAAUGAAAACGAUAGGAAACGACAAUUAAAAUAUGCCAAAGAUGUUGUACAUUUUGUACGCCAAUUCAAACGUAAAUGCUUACCAUCAACGGAUGAAUGUGCAGUCACCUCUAUUGAAAGUAUCUGCGAACAACAAGAAAGUGAAGACUUAAUUUUUGUUAAGGAGAAGAGAAGAAUCAAUGCUGGACGCUUCAACUGGAACAAUUGCUACAGCGAGAGCAGGACUGAAGGUCUUUUCCAACGAUAUAGUAGCCAUACAACGCUACGAAAAGCAUUUGAAAGAGAAACUCUAUAA